AUGUCACUAAGCACCAUUAGCUUCGGAUCUUUAGGUUUAACCUCCAAACGAGAUGAAUUUUGUUUCGAUGAUAUGACAGACGCAGAAUUACAACAGGAACUCGAGAAUAUUGCUGAUUCAAAUUUGUUGUUGAGAUUAGAAAAUGAUGUUUUUGAACGAUAUCUUGCACGCAAAGAGCCUGACAGUCUUCAAACAAUAGCGCAACUCUUAGAAACUGCUAAACGCAUGCAGAAAAUCGCGUCUCAAUACAACCGCACAGCUUCACCCAUUAUAAGCACAAGAGGAAGUCUUGCGAAUAUUUACGACAAGGAUGUAGUAAGCGUCGGCAGCAUCCAUUCCAGAGGAAGUCGAUACGUCACGCCAAGUAUUUUAAUGGACAAAGCGCCGAGAGGAGGAGCAAAAAUCUCUUACGCGUAUCGCAUUGAAAUGGUGAACACCGAAAUCCGAGAAUUGCAGAAAAUAUUAAAAAAUCUGGAACAAACGUCGAAAAGGAAGAAAGUAUAUUUACGAGCGCAAGUGGAAGAGAAUGAGAUUAGCAUUCUCGAAAUUUGCAAAAUCAAGGAGGAAUUUGAAAAUAACGUGGUGCAAAAAAGCAUUAAGAGGAAAAUACCGGCUGAAAAAUUCAUCAGGUGCUAUGAUAGACAUUUUACGAUUGUACAUUCGAGUUUGGCGUGUAGGUUUGUGGAAGAAUGGUUGAAAGCAACAAACACCGCAAUAGAACGCGUUAAGUUGAAAAUGACUAGCGUAAAGUCUCAGAUAAGAAAAGUCAGGAUGCAGCUGGAGCAGAGGAAAGCACUCGGCGAGGCUCUACGCACCAUAGACUUUGAACAAUUGGGUAUAGAAAAUCAAGAUUGCAUGCAAAAAAUCGAGGAGAAGAAUCGGUAUCUGCUCCAAAUGAAGAGAAUCGCGGUUGCGUUUGACACAGGUCAUUACAGCAUCGCAUUAACCAGGCACAAAGGAAAACUGGAUGAUUUAAUAUCUACUAUGAACAAAGUAAGAGACCAGAUCGUCUCCAAAAAACUGGAGAUGAAAAAAUUGCGAUCGAAACAAGCAGCUCUAAAGAUCGAGAUAGAGAAAGAGAGAGAACAGCUUAAGUCGAUGACAAUGUUAAUAGAUGAAUUUGAGGUUCCGGAUGUCAUAGAUUUUAUAAAAAUGCGCGUGGAACUUGAACAAUUGCGUAGAAUGCACAAACUAUUAAGUAGGCAGAGAAAGAUUCAGCAAAUAAUGUUAAAAUCUAACAGAUAA